AUGCUUUCAUUACAAUUAGCUCACCAGUUGGUGAACAAACAUGUAUUACUUGUUGGAUGUGGAAACGUAGGAAUGACUAGGGUACUGAAGCUUAUCCCGACCGGUUGUAAGCUAACAAUAGUUUCCCCUUCGUACGAAAAAGAACUCAAUGAAUUUCUGCCUAAGUCCAGUGAUGGAAGUAAUGUAGAACUUCCCGAGGAUUUUAUUAACCACGACUGGACCCCUGAGAUCGGCCAGAUCUACCGUUUGCUUCACAGGGAGUUUCAGGACUCUGACAUCAAACUACAUAGAUUUGAAAUCGUUUUAACCUGCAUUCCAAAUGAAACCCUAAGUACUCAUAUUUACAAAUUGUGCAAACUUGGAGACGGUGCAGGUGUGCUCUGCAACGUGGCUGACGUUCCCACUCGAUGCGAUUUCUAUUUUGGAAGCAACUGCCUGCUAGGAAAUAAUGGAUUGCAGGUGAUGAUUUCGUCGAAUGGGGUUUCUCCAACGCUGACUACAUUAUUAAAACAGGAUAUCGUCGACAAAUACGGUGACCUAGAUUGGGAUGAGAUGUGCCGGAGGUUGGGCAACUUGAGGGCAAAAGUUCGUGAACUAAGUUCACAGAUGACUGGAACCUCCAAAGCGGAAGUCAUCAAGUACAGAAUGGAGUGGGUUAAAAAGGUCACCAGUACCUUCGGGAUAUCUGGAUGUAGCAAAAUGAACGUUGAUAAACUAUGUUCUUUAUUUGAAACAAUGGCCCUCCAGGGACCAGGUAAAACGUCUCUAGACUUUCCAGAAACGCUAAAAGAUGAUUAUACAAGCUUAGCUUAG